CCAUAAAUAUUCUCCACACUGCACACAAAUCCAUCAAUCUUUAUUUACUGCUUCACAAUACAAAUCAUCUCUCUCUCUCUCUUAAAGGUCUCCAAUUAUGAUCUCAUCUGUCAUCAUGAAACUGUAAUUUCACCACCAAACCAAGAUAUAUAAAGGACCCUUUACUCCAGAGGCUCGAACUAGAAUCUUAAUAGCUCCUCAGAAAAUUCAGUUUGCUCCGGAGGGUAAGAGGAAAACAGAGACAGAAGAAAAAUGGGUAGCUUGGAAGAGGAGCAGCUGGUUCAGAUGGUCUAUGAUUUCAUUGAAGAAGAAUCAUCUUCAUCGACUUCUUAUACUAGACAAGAAGUCCUGCAACUUCAUCAUCAGUCCGCAUACCUCACGUUACAGGAAAUUCUUGGGACUGUCAAAGAUUCAGAGAUUGUCAUUCUAGAAAAGGUCUUGAAGUAUAUGAGAAAUAUGGCUGCUGGGAAGGUUGCUAAUCUGAAGAAGUGGCUUGUGAUGAGGUUGAGAAUGGAUGGUUAUGAUGCUUCUGUCUGUAAAACUUCCUGGGUUACCACCUGCAAUUGUCCUGGAGGUGAUUACGAGUACAUUGAUAUUAUGAUGGAGGAUGAGAAUAGUGACCCAUUGAGAUUGAUAAUAGACAUAGAUUUCAAAUCUCAAUUCGAACUGGCGAGGCCUACAUCAACUUAUGCACAACUCUCAGACACUCUUCCAUCCAUCUUUGUUGGGAGUGAAGGCAAGCUUAACGAGAUAAUCUCUCUACUCUGUGCAGCUGCCAAACAGUCACUAAAAGAGAGCGGUCUCCACAUUCCUCCAUGGAGGACAGCCAGCUACAUGCAGUCCAAGUGGCUCUCAGAGCAUCAGAGAAUUCCAAUUGCUCCCGUCAUGGCUUCCAAAAGAGACUUUGGCAGGAUUAACAAUGACGCAAAAAAUGGUGGUCAUUCAUCCAAACCCAGCAAAUGGGCACCUCCGGCUGUGAAGCCUAAGAGAAGAGAUUUGGGUAGUAGGUCUGGCUUGUCUAGCCAAUUUUCCAAAACGAGCAUAGAUUGCUGCUAAAUCUAGCUUGAGGAAGAGGAACAGAUUGUUCUCAGUUUUGUUUCAUUUUUCUGGUCAUUGAAGGAUCUUUCUUUUUUGUUAUUGAGUUGUGAGACUUCACUUUUUUGUAUUGAGGAAUUGAUUACAGCAAUGAAUGUAUUGCUUUUUCUUCUACAUGGUCCUUCCUCCUAAAAGCUUUGCUAAAUUUGCAAUUAAUGCAGAUGGAAAAGAAAACAUCAAAAAAGAUCAAACCACCCAA